AUGUAUGGGUGGAUAAUCGCCCUCUGGGCCUUUGCUGUAGGAAAAGCGGCUGCGAAAGUCGUACGCGAAGAAUUGACAUUGACAUGGGGCUUGGGAGCGCCGAAUGGACAGCCUAGGGAGAUGAUAUUUAUGAAUGGCCAAUUCCCUGGGCCUACAUUUGUCUGGGAUGAAGACGAUGAUGUUGAGGUCCUGAUUCAUAAUAAAAUGCCAUUCAACACAACAAUACACUGGCAUGGGCUCCUGAUGCAAGGCACUCCGUGGUCUGAUGGCGUCCCAGGCCUGACACAGAAACCAAUCGAGGCAGGCGAGUCGUUUAUGUACCGAUUUAAGGCCUAUCCUUCUGGAACACAUUGGUGGCAUUCUCAUACGAGGACAACAAUGUUUGACGGCCUGUUUGGUGCGAUGUAUAUCAGGCCAAAACCAACAGCUCCAGCUCCUUGGUCACUCAUCAGCAAUAAAUCCAAGGAUAUUGAAAACAUGAGAAAAGCCGUUGCGAAUCCUCAUGUUGUGGUUGUCUCAGACUGGACCCGGUUCAAGUCAUGGGAAUAUAUGAAAGCGCAAGAAGACUCAGGUUAUACUAUAUUCUGCGUGGAUAGCAUCCUCAUCAACGGAAAAGGUAGCGUAUACUGUCCAGGAGAGGAUUUUCUUGUUAAUCACACGAUGGAUUAUAUGAAAUGGGCCAUAUAUCCCCGCCAUGUCAAUGAUAAAGGGUGCCUCCCUUUUGUCAAGUCAACAGAAAAUAAAUAUCUACGUGAUGGCCGGCCUGAGACAAUUCCACGCCACCUACAACAAGGAUGCGUGCCCUCCAACGGGGAGCAGGCAGUUUUUGAAGUUGAUCCAGCCGAUGAGUGGGUGAGCUUCAAUUUUGUGGACGCAGCAACGUUUAAAACGCCAGUUUUUGCCAUUGACAAUCAUGAGAUGUGGGUUUAUGAGGCAGAUGGGCACUUUAUUGAGCCCCAGAAAGUUGAUACUGUCAAGUUCUAUGCGGGUGAACGGUAUUCGGUCAUGGUUAAGCUACACAAAAACGCUGCUCGGGAUUACACAAUUCGAGUCAUGGAUACAGGACUAACUCAAAUCAUUGGAUCAUAUGCCACAAUGCGAUACAAACGGGGUCCAAAUGAAAAAAAUGUCAAUGAAGAAAAGGAGAGCGAGGGCAUUAUCAACUAUGGCGGCCUAAACACAACCUACGCUGUUACUCUUGACCGCGAUAAAUUACCGCCUUACCCUCCAAAUGCACCUGCAAAGCACGCAGAUGCUCUUUUUCUCCUUGAUACCCAUCGUGUGAAAACUGCGUGGACCUACACCAUGAAAGGUGGUGCGAUGUACCAGGAGGAUCGCAGCGCAUACGCCCCGCUACUCUACCACCCAAAUUCGGCCGAUGCGAUGGACGAAAGCCUUGUCAUCCGUACUAAGAACAACACGUGGAUCGACCUUGUUGUCCAGGUAGGCUCCCUUCCGAACCAGCCUCAGGAGUUUCCUCAUAUCAUGCACAAGCAUUCUGGAAAGACCUGGCAGAUCGGUGCUGGAGAAGGCCACUGGAACUAUUCGUCAGUGGAAGAAGCAAUGAAGGCCGAGCCAACCAAAUUUAAUCUCAAAACACCCAAUUAUCGGGAUACUUUUAUUACAUCCUUUGAUGGACCAUCUUGGAUUGUGUUACGGUAUCAUUCAAACAAUCCUGGGCCGUGGCUCAUGCACUGCCAUUUUGAGAUCCACCUGGGUGGUGGAAUGGCGAUUGCCUUUAUGGAUGGUAUUGAUGCGUGGCCCAAGGUACCACCAGAAUACGCCUCAGGUAAAGGGGGAUUCCUGGACUGA